AUGUUGGGCAUGUGGUCCCCACUUCUCCUCUGGGGUCUGGUGACUCCGUGCCAGGGGCUGCUUGAGACAGUGGGCACCCUCGCUAGGAUCGACAAGGAUGAACUCGGCAAAGCCAUCCAGAACUCGCUGGUCGGUGGGCCCAUUCUACAGAACGUGCUGGGAACAGUCACGUCUGUGAACCAGGGCCUCCUGGGCUCUGGGGGCCUGCUCGGAGGAGGUGGCUUGCUGAGCUAUGGAGGGGUUUUUGGCGUUGUUGAGGAGCUUUCUGGGCUGAAGGUGGAGGAAGUCACACUGCCAAAGGUGUCUGUGAAGCUGCUGCCAGGGUUUGGGGUGCAGCUGAACCUGCACACCAAGGUGGGCCUGCACGGCUCUGGCCCCCUCGGGAGCGUCCUGCAGCUGGCCGCCGAGGUGAACGUGUCGUCGCGGGUGGCGCUGGGCGUGAGCGCACGGGGUACGCCCAUCCUUAUCCUCAAGCGCUGCAGCACGCUCCUGGGACACAUUAGCCUGCUUACGGGGUUGCUACCUGCACCACUCUUUGGGGUCGUGGAACAGACACUCUUCAAGGUGCUGCCAGAAUUGCUGUGCCCCGUGGUGGACAGUGUGCUGGGCGUGGUGAAUGAGCUCCUGGGGGCCGUGCUGGGCCUGGUGCCCCUUGGGGCUCUUGGGUCCGUGGAAUUCACUCUGGCCACACUGCCUCUCAUCUCCAACCAGUAUAUAGAGCUGGACGUCAACCCCAUCGUGAAGAGCGUAGCUGGUGACGUCAUUGACUUCCCCAAGCCCCGCAACCCCGUCAAGGUGCCGCCCAAGGAGGACCACACAUCCCAGGUGACCGUGCCUCUGUUCCUCUUUAACACCGUGUUUGGGCUCCUUCAGACCAGCGGUGCCCUUGACCUGGACAUCACUUCCGAGCUGGUUCCCAGCAAUGUCCCACUGACAAGUACAGAUCUAGCAGCCUUGGUCCCUGAGGCCCUGCGGAAGCUGCCCCCAGGCCAGCAGCUCCUGCUCUCCUUGCGGGUGAAGGAAGCGCCCACAGUCACGCUUCAGAACCACAAGGCCACGGUCUCCAUCUCAACUACCAUCCAUGUGCUGUCCUACUUCCCUCAGGGGGCCCAUGAAGCCUUAUUCCAGCUGAAUGGGGUGAUGACUUUAAAUGCCCAGCUGGCUCCCUCGGCUACCAAGCUGCACAUCUCGCUAUCCCUGGAACGGCUCAGCGUCCAGCUGGCGUCCUCCUCUGCCCACACCUUGGAUGCAUCCCGUUUAGAAGAAUGGCUCAGCAGUGUGGUCCGGCUAGCUUAUGUGCCAAAGCUCAAUGUGAACCUAGAUGUUGGGAUCCCCCUGCCUAAGGUUCUCAAUGUCAAUUUUGCCAAUGCGGCCCUGGCAAUCAUAGAGAAUGCCGUGGUGCUGACCGUGCCAUCCUGAGGCUGACAGAGGGCUGCCAUCCCUCUGUGUUGACUGCCAGAAUCCUGCCCACCUGCCCAUCUGCCUCAGUUUCCCUCCCAGGCUCUAGCCUGUGUCUGUGACAGUAUAAGUGUCCCUUAUCCACCCAGGGCCCCCCGGAUGCUCCGGCCCUGCAGCUCUGCCCCCAGUCUGGAGUGGGGACUGCAGGGCUAGCCGCAAGAC